CCCCUACCACCGCGACCACUCAUGCGCCGCGCGACUGUCAGAUCACACGUGCAACAGUCACCCUUAGGACACGAGCAUUACCCGCAACCGAACAACAUAAGUCAAACAUGUGCCAGUGAUCCACCAGUGAACUUAGUGAAGUGACUGCAUCCUGUGAUGUGCAAUUGAAGAAGUGUUUCCCUACAGUGUUACAGCCGCAGCCUCUACCGCUUGACAAAAUAUGGUGAGAGGGGCGGCGUUGGCGCUGGUGCUAGCCCUGGCCUGGGCGUGCGAUGCGCGCGCCAGCGUGCUCGUGCCCGCCUACGCGCUGCCGCCCGACUCGUUCGUGCGCGACCAGCGCAGUCUUGCGCCCGUCCCUGACAUAGACGCCGCCGAGUCCCAAAGAACCAUCAGGCGACUCAUAGGUGGACACAUGAAAAACAAGGAACACAGCUCCGCGAAGAACUCCAUUUCGUUCGACGACAAGACCGAAAGCGGAAAGUUCAAUGGCGUGAUCGUGACGGACCAGUCGGGCGGCACCGUGGGGUGGAACCAGGGCAUCUGGGAUGACGGCAUGCUCAUGUCCAGCGCCGGUGAGGGCAAGGAGAACGGCAAAGUGAAAGAGGACGAGGAGGACAAAAAAACUUUGUCCGAUCAAGUGGCUGAAGGAAAAUAUGGCCUAAUACAGAAUGAAAUAUUUCCAAAGACACCAAAACGACCGGGAAUUUUAAGCUACGAGCCCAACGCGGAAACUAGAACUAAAGAUAAUCUUCAGAAUUUAGGUGGUCUCAAGAAAGAGGAAAUAUGGCUAGCCGAAGAUCAUUUGCUAGUUCUUAAAGGUGGCUCAUUCCCGGAACGUACUAAAGAAAACGAAAGAAGGCCAUGGCCACCGAUCGACGACUACGAGGCGCCCAGAAGGCAAGUAAAGCUUCCUAAGAAACCCAAAGUGCCUCCGCCCUUUCCGGUACAACUCACCGACAACGGACCGCUCGUCUUCCUUACACCAAACGGCAGUGUCCCUGCGGCCCUAUUUCCACCCUUCCCAGCAGGAGAGGGCGAAGGCCCUCUUCCUCCUCCGCCAUUCCUAUUCCCACCGGGAGCGCCCUACGCCCCGGGUGAAUAUCCGGGAAACUCUACUGCCGGGGGAGCGCCGUUGCAAGGUCCUCCGUUCCCAUUCCUACCCGGGAAUGCGAGCGAAGGAGCAUUCCCCUUCCUCCCACCCAUGAACGGAACUUUUCCAGAAGGCUUUCCUCCGGGCGCAGCGUUUCUACCACCACCGAGCAACCAAUCAGACCUGUACGACGAAGACGACCCUUCGAUUUACUAUCCGCCGCCUUACAAUUUUUCUUACCGCGGUGACUACAAUAACAGUGUGGCGGCUGGACCUUUAGUGCCUGGAAUAAUAUUACCACCUCCACCGGACUUUUUCGCCCCAAUGGAGGAGAAAACCACUACUGAAACAACAAGAACGAGUAGGCCAUCGACUUAUACAAGGCCCAAGUCUACCACUGCAAAACCAACGCCUACACCUGUGGUGUAUCGAAACAAGUACAAGGCUAGACCGACGACAACUACGACGACUACUACUGAAACUGCAAGAACUACCGAAGUACCUAGCACUAUUUCAACUCCACCAACAGUUGAAAUCAAAACGACGCCAAGGGUCAACCACAGAAAGCCUCUACGCAUACCCGCAAGAAAUCCUGUACGAAUCCAAAAUCUACCUGACGACAUUAUUACAAGACCGAAAACAGAUAAACCUGCAUACAAAAUCAGGACCAAGGUUACAUCUAAACCUCUCUCAGUGUCUGUCAUUUACGAUUAUCCAGAGCAGAUUUACGAUACAAAGAUUCCAUCAACAACCGAGAAGCCUUAUGUGCAAUAUGUGACAGACAAGACACCGAAUGUAGUCAUCAAUGACAUAGUUACAUCAACCCCAGUACCUUUGAGAGCAUAUUAUUCUAGUGUUCAAAAUGACGUGCCAACUACAAAGUUACAACCUGUGUAUAAUCAGAAACCUAAUGACGCAUUAGCUUCAUUCUACUUCUAUGACGAGCAGCCAAAGACAUCGCCGACGCCUGAGACUUACUUCGAUGGAAGGAAAUACUACAAGUCUGUGCCAGUAAGUCAAGCACCACUAUCAAUCCAAAACGUAAAUACUCAAUCUGGUUUCACACCAUCAGUGGACGUCGCAUACGGAGCUAUUGAUCAAGCUGAUGCGCUUUUCCUCUGGCCACAGAAACAAGGACCUCGAACAGUCACACAAGAAUACUUCAGCAUACAAAAGCCUAGAACGCAACAAGUAUACGUCCAGCAACAGAAGAGACCAGACCAGUUCUUCCAACAAAUAGCGGAUAUCCAACAGACUAUUGACUUGUUCACCACAAAGAGGCCAAAGACACAUUCGCAUCGUCCCCACUCGCACAAGCCUAAAGCUAUCACAGCGAGACCUGUUUACCAAUACUACCAAACCCAAGCGAAACCAAGACCAGAACAAUUGACAUUCCGUGCGCCUAAAUUGGACCCUGAGCCAUUCAGGCCUAUGGUGAGCUACAGCAAACCGUUCAAUCUAGCAAACGAAUUUAAUGCAAUAACUCCGUCAGUUUCACCAGUCUACCACCAACAAUAUCUUAUCGAGAGCAUAGUGACAACUGAGUCUCCGACAUCGUCAAGAUAUUACCCAAAAUCGAAGACGCGAGACGAAGAUUACGAUGACAGUCCUAUUAGUAAAAUACCCAAAGGAACUAGAAAUCACAUACCUAUACAAAAUAAGCCUUCAGUGAUCCAGUACAUAAACAAGCAACCAAGCACAACUUCGAACCCGAUCGAGAACGGAUAUUACACGAAACAAGACGAGAGAUAUUUGGAUGACAUUACGAGAAAUUCUUUUGAUAUAUUUGGGAAGAAAAUCGAGGACACUCAAGACAUUAACGGGUUAGCUGUGACGCCGCCCCUAGAAACCGUCAAGACUCCCAUUGACAACAACAUCAACAUACAGUACGCAUACAAAAUCGUUGACAGCCAGACUCAACCACCAUCUUUGGAUAGAGAUACGCUUGUCAACGACCGAUUACCGCGACCGCCUAUAAACCCUGACAGCGAGCCUAUUAAUGCAUAUCGUAAUGCAGAACUAAUACAGCAGAAACCACCUUCAUUACACGACGACACGCUCGUUAAUGAUAGACUACCACGGCCGACGGUAAACCCCGACAGCGAGCCAAUAGGAGAGUAUAGAAACGCACAACUAAUAGAUCAGAAACCGCCUUCUUUGGCAGACGACACGCUGGUCAAUGACCGGUUGCCUCGGCCGACGGUAAGCCCAGACAGCGAGUUCAUACCUAUCCCAAAUCCAGGAUAUAGAUCAGAGCAAUACAAACAGAGUCAAGUGCAAAGACCGCAAUACGCUGGCGAGCAAUACGACUUAAACAGGCCAAAUUUGGGAGGGGACACAGCAGUGAACUUCAGGCUACCGUUGCCUCCAAUCAAUCCUGAUGCAGAAUGGAUAGGGCCAUUAAAUGCGGCCGGGGAAGGUAGACCAGGGUCAUUCGUGUCGUAUCGGCUGCCGGGGGAGGGCGCUCAUGUAUACUUCCUGACGCCUCAGGCUGCGCGCGCGGCGCGGGAAAGAUACCGGACGCCCGGCUACGGACGGUGAAACCAAAGCUCUAGUCUCAAAACGUCUUGACGACGUGCAGUGUUAUGUAAAUAUAAAGCGCAAAUGUGAUGUUUAAGUGUCCUAAGUAGUGUAAGGAACGAAAGACUAGUGGGCGGUCGCCCUAUUGCCAUAAUAUUUAAAACGCGAAUUUUUAUUAUUAUUUAGUUUAUACUUCCGAGCGAUGUUGAAAAAUGAAAUGGACGCUAAUGGAUGCCUAUUUAUUAAAUUAUUGUUAAGAGAUGUGGUGCAUAAUGAUAAUUAAUUUAUUUAUGUCAGUAUUCUAAAUGAACUUUCAGGGCUGUUGUGAUAUGACGCGUGGCAAAUGUGAACUAUAUAUAGUAUCUUUUUAAUAAUAACAAUUGUUAUUGUAAUUGUUAUUUUUUUAAUAAUGACAGAUCAUUGUGAUUUUGUAUCGUAUUAAACAAAGAAUAAAAUAUUAAAAUUCUGUA